AUGCCAGAAGACAUCGAGAUGAAUCACGGUAGUAACAAUACCAAAUUUGGCCUUAUUAUUAAUGGACAGAGGACGCCUGUGCCGCGCUCAUUUCCUGUUCUUGACCCAAUCAGCCAGAGAGAAAUUCAUUUAGCUCCUUCUGCAGAUGAGAGCGAUGCCCUCGAAGCAGUCAAAGCCGCCGAAGUGGCCUUUGAGACAUGGCGGGACAGUACUCCACUUGAGAGACGUACAAUCAUGCUCAAGGCCGCCGAUAUUAUCAGAGAGCGCAGUGACGAGAUCGCUGCGGCAAUGGUGCAGGAGACAGGCGCCAAAAAGAGCUGGGCAUCAUUCAAUAUCGAAACCUGCGUUCAGCUCAUCCACGAGGCUGCUGCGAUGGCAACGCAAAUUAAAGGCGAGCUUUUGCAAAGUAACAGCAGAGUAGAUGCUUUUUUGGAAGCGGGGCUGCCUGACGGUGUCCUGAACUACAUAUGUUGUCCACGCAACGUGGCGCCAUCGGUCACGGAGACUAUGAUCGGCCACUCAGCUGUUCAACGCGUCAACUUCACUGGCUCAACAGCCGUUGGUCGAAUGAUUGCUACUGUGUGCGCAAGAUAUCUGAAACCUGCCAUUCUCGAACUCGGAGGCAAGGCACCGAUGGUGAUUUUGAAAGACGCAAAUCUGGAAGAAGCUGUACGAGCAGCCGCCUUUGGUGCAAUGCAACACCAAGGCCAAAUUUGCAUGUCUACUGAACGAAUCAUUGUGCACAAAUCGAUAUUUGCAAAGUUUUCAGAACUUUUCGCUAUCAAGAUCAACUCAAUGCGUGCUGCUGACCCAUCCAAAGAUGGCACCGCGACCCUUGGCUCUCUGAUCAGCCCGACAGCCGGAACCCGUUUCGAGAAGUUGGUUACAGAUGCACUCUCUAAGGGUGCCAAAGUGCGAGGCGGCAAACCCGGGUUUGAAGGUGCAGUCGUCCAACCCAUCGUGCUUGAGGGCGUAAGCAAAGGGAUGGAUGUCUACUACCAGGAAUCUUUUGGGCCCAUGGUGUCACUUUUUGAGUUUGAAACAGCCCAAGAGGCUAUUGAUCUUGCUAAUGACACAGAGUAUGGUCUCGUUUGUUCUGUCUUCAGUGAGAAUAUCUCCGAGGCUUUGGCAGUUGGCCGCAGGAUCCGCAGCGGAUCCUGCCACAUCAACGGAGCAACCGUUCAUGGUGAGUCUAUAAAGACUCGAUUCAAGAAAGCCUAA